AUGACUUCCUGGUCCCGACUUCCUAGUAAGCCUGUAGCUCCUGGACAGGAAGCAUGCUUGCUGCUCGAAACGUCAAAAUCAAAGAAAAGUAAAGCUGACCUACAUUGUAGCUAUAAGUGAGCAAUGUUUUGAGAUUGAAACUUCGAUAAAAACGGAAAAUGAGUAAAGAAGCUACCGAGAAUGAUAAGAGGAAGAGAAACAAUCUUCUUUCUCAAUAUUAUGGCAUCACAGAAGAAAAGGAUGUUGAAAACCUAUUUGAUGUGGAUGGAAAGCACUUUAAUGCAGAUGCCUACGUAGACAAACUUGUUCAAGAAACAAGUUUGAAACAACUCAUAGAUAAGGAAAGGGAAUUAGUUCGUGAGAUACAAUCACUUGAUUCUGAAAUGCAAACUCUAGUUUAUGAAAAUUACAACAAAUUCAUUCUUGCCACCGACACUAUUCGACAAAUGAAAAGUGAUUUCAAAACCAUGGAAGAUGAAAUGGAAAAGCUAGUUCAAGACAUGUCUCAUAUUGCAACUUUUGCAAACAAUAUAUCUUCAAAUUUGCAGGAUCGGCGUCAGCAAAUAACAAAACUAUCAAAUAUCCAUGAAUUGCUUAAAAAUUUGCAAUUUUUAUUUGAUCUUCCCACCAAAUUAAAAUCUUCUGUUGAAGAAAAGAACUAUUCACUGGCUGUAAAGUACUAUGCCAAGUCUGAGCAAGUUCUCAAAGAUUUUGGUGAUCAUCCGUCUUUCAGCGGAAUACAAUCAGAUUGCCAAGAAAUUGUUACCACAUUGCGGAAGUGUCUGAAAGACCAAUUCGUCAGAGCUGAAGUAACUUCCCAUGAACUGGAAGAAUCUGCAUCACUAUUGGGCAAAUUAGGUGAAUCCUCCACUAGCCUUGCCCGAGAAUUCAUUGUAAUAAAUAAAGGGAGGCUGGAAAAAGAUUUGGAUGAUCUUUCCACGUAUACUUCUAGUGAAAACAAUGGCGAAGCCGUUCUUGGUUUUAUUGAAAAAUGCUGCAACACAGCCUUAAAUAAUGCUGCCCUAACCAUUGCAACUUUUAACAACAUUUUUCCAUUGGCUUCCACGAAAGAUAACGGAGGGCUGAUCGACAUGGCUGUGGAUAUUAUUAACCGACUUUGUCCAGUUGUGAAAACAAAAGUUGUGGAAAUGAUCGGAUCAGAGAUGAACGAGGGUUGCUGCUUGUCCCUAGUUGCGGCUUUGGAUAAAUUUCAUCGCCGUCUACUGGCCGUUCAGCGAUUACUGAUGUCGGAUAAGCAGUGGAGCUCCAUUCUUAUAACGGAUGUUGCCCAAAUAAUUUCCAACCGAGCAGCAGAGAAUCUUACAAUAAAGUGGACUGAAGAAUUGCAAGGUUGGCGUGACUCCUGGAACAACGAUAAUCAGCCCCACGGAUCGGUCAAAUUCAUCGAGGGAGCACUUAUCGAACACAUUCAUCGUACGCUGGUUGCAUUAACGGCUUUUGUAGGGAAUCACGUAACGUUUUCCCAGGACUAUCAGUUCCGUCAGACUUUCGGUCGACGCCAUGUUCGCGAAGGCGUUUUCAUAUUGUCGCUGAAAAAAUUGUCACUAAUGCUAUCAAACCUUUGUAACGUCACUGGAAAAGAUAACGCAUCUCCUACCCUGAUUCUUGUCCUGUCAAGGGUGGCAAUUGACUUUAAUCAAAAUUUGGCGCAAUCCUUGUUGUCUUUAAUAGAAGAACAAUUUGACAUUCCAGCCGGUUUUCAAGGCGACAACCUCACCCCAAUAUCAGCCGUCACUGCCGACUUUAAGCAAGCUUCUCAAGCCCUUUUACAGAGAUAUGUUCAAAGUGAAAGUCAUGUUCUUGUCCAGAUGAUUCGCAAAUCGAUGGAUUCUCGGGAUUGGUUAACCACUUCUGAACCUCGAAGUGUUCGCCCCGUUAUAAAACGUGUACUGGAAGAGAUUAGUCGAGUUGACUCCCAUGCAGCUCAACUGUAUGAAGAAGGUUCGAGGAAGGAUAGGAGCUCUGAUUCUUCCCGUCGAACUCAUCAUAGCAGCUCGAGAAUGCAACAAAAAUCAUCGUGGUCAUCUUUGGGUCCAUCGCAAUUGGAUUCUUCCUUGCUGAAUAACAUUCAAAAACUAUUUUCUGAACGCAUUGAUCUCUCCGGGAACGUUGAGCCUAACAAAGGAUCUAUCGUCAUGGCUAUUAUUAAAAUCUGCCUCAAGGGUUUUUUGGAAUGCGUACGUCUAAAGACAUUUGGGAAGUACGGUAUUCAGCAAAUUCAAGUAGACUGCUACUAUCUGCAGCUUUUCUUAUGGCGAUUCACCUUUGACGAAAAUUUGGUUCACAGCUUACUUGAUGAAAUUUUGUCGAGUGCAGUCCAGCGUUGCCUGGAACCGGUUUUAAUGGAACCAGGUGUUGUGGAGUUGAUCUGCGAACGCUGAAAGCCAUCAGUUAUUCGCAAUAUCAUUUUUUUUUCAUUAUUUUGCUUAUUAUUAAUAUAAUUCCAUGGAACCUAA